AUGGCCGCUUGGGAUUGGUAUGAUGUGCUUCCCUCGAGGGUCUGCCGGAUCAUCGACGGGACCGGCUUUGGCGUAUUUUGCUACAGCUUGACGCGGGUUACAGCUAGUCGCACUCUCCUAGGGGCUCUUGUGGAAAGGUGGUGCGACACCACCAACUCUUUCCACUUCUCCACGGCGGGAGAGAUGACCAUGAAUCUUGUUGACUUCGCCAUGAUCACUGGCCUGGGCGUAGUAGGUGAUCCGAUUCCCCUUGAUGCCGACAUGGGGGAAUGGGUGGCUGCGUGGGACACAUUGCUUGGAGCACGUCAACCUACUCUUCGAGCAGGCAUGCUUACAUACACUUGGUUCGAGGCGCACUACAGAGGGGAGGAUCCCGAUACUGAUGAGGAGGUAGAGCAGUACGCCAGGGGCUUCCUCUUGUUCCUUUUUGGUACCACCUUGUUUUCGAACGGGUGGAAUACUGUGGGUUUUUACUUCUUGGGCGCUCUGGUGGUACUCCAGGGAGUCUGUUUCUACGAUUGGGGCAUGGCCGACCUCACCACUCUUUAUGGAUACAUGAGCUCCACCUCUCGAAUGUGUGGGAGGUUGAUCGGCGGUUACUGGCGAGGUUGGGAGCUGUGGGUAUACGCAUACUUCCCGGCACUUGCACUUGAGCCUGUGGAGGAGACUGCAACGACGGUCCCAUUCUCUGACGUAUACGACAGUCAGCUCCGUCGUAGGACCCAAGAGAGCUUCAUAUUCUUCCGACAGUAUUUUGACAUGGUCACGGCGCGCGAGAUCACGUGGCAGCCAUGGGAUGCGAUCCCGUCAGGACUCCGAGAUUAG